AUGUUGUCGAGCACCGCUCUUUUCGACGAGAUACUUUUACCAAAAGGAAUAGCUGAUGUUCCACUGGGACUCAAAAUCCGUCCACUUGAAGUUGAUGAUUACGAAAAAGGCUAUUUGGAACUUCUUGAGCAACUCACAACAGUUGGAAAAAUCUCGAAAGACAAGUUUAUGAAGAGAUUCGAAUCCAUGCAGAAGGCCAACUCUUAUUACAUCGUCGUUAUUGAGGACAUUGAGUUAUCGCAAAUUAUCGCCACUGCAACAUUGCUGAUCGAAUUCAAAUUUAUCCAUGGCGCUGGAACUCGUGGCAGAAUUGAAGAUGUGGUUGUUGAUCAAAAAAUGAGAGGACAAAAGCUGGGAGCUCUUCUCAACAAAGUUUUGGUUGACAUUGCCGAGAAGUUGGGCGUCUACAAACUUUCCUUGGAGUGCAUUGAUGGUCUUAUCCCGUUUUACGAACAAUUUGGUUAUAAGAAAGAUGUGAAUUUCCUUGUGCAACGCUUUGAAAACUAA